UGACUGCAGAGGAUGAGCUCAGCUGACUGUCUGUGUUGUUAUUAUGCCUCCGGACGGGCGCCGCCAACACCCAGACACAGUGCGACACAACAAGCUCAGCUCGGCGUCUAAUGAGUGAGUGCGCAGGAAGAAACAUGAGUCACGACUGAGGUCUGCGCCAUGUCUGUCAAGGUAAAGCUGCGCUCUGCGUCCGUCCAUCCUGCUGUGCACCGUGAGGGCCCGGCACAGAAAACACAGCUUCCUCUCAAACUGUUCUCUACAUUCACUCAGAUCAUCAUCAUCAUCAUCAACUGUACAUGACUAAGGAAACACCCCUGUCUAAUGCUGUGUUUUGGGCAGCGAGGAAGGGAAACCUGGCUCUGCUUCAGCUGCUGCUCAACAGCGGCCGUGUGGACGCAGACUGCAGAGACAGUUACGGGACGACAGCGCUGAUGGUGGCGUCGUACAGCGGCCAUUAUGAGUGUGUCAAAGAACUUAUCAUGCAAGGAGCCGACAUCAACUACCAGAGAGAGACCGGUUCUACCGCUCUGUUCUUCGCCUCCCAGCAGGGACACCGUGACGUGGUGAAGCUCCUCUUUGAGUUUGGUGCCUCCACUGAAUUCCAGACAAAGGACGGUGGCACUGCUCUCACCGCCGCCGCUCAGUAUGGACACUCCAAGGUGGUGGACACGCUGCUGAGGAACGGAGCCAAUGUUCACGACCAGCUGCAUGACGGUGCCACGCCUCUGUUCCUGGCUGCCCAGGAGGGUCAUGUGACGGUGAUACGUCAGUUGCUCACCUCUGGUGCCAAGGUCAAUCAAGCGAGGGAGGAUGGCACUGCCCCCCUGUGGAUGGGGGCUCAGAUGGGUCACAGUGAGGUGGUGAGGGUGCUGCUCUUGCGAGGUGCAGAUCGAGAUGCUGACAGACAAGAUGGAUCAACAGCGUUAUUUAAAGCGGCUUUAAAAGGACAUAGCAGUGUCAUCGAGGAGCUACUCAAGUUUUCUCCUUCACUCAGCCUUCUCAAGAAUGGCUCCACGGCCCUACAUGCUGCUGUAAUGGGGGGAAAUCUGCGAACCGUUCUGCUGCUGCUCGGGGCCAACGCAGACCCCACACUGCCAAACAAACAGAAUGAACUCCCUGCUGAUCUUACAAAGAGCGAGCGCAUCCUUAAAGUUUUACGUCCGAGCAUCUUAAACGGAGACAGCUGAUAAUAACCCAGACUCCUCCCUUCAUGCCUGAACCACACUGAUGUGACAACUCAGUGUCAAAUCUACUCAAACUCAACAUGUACUGUAUGUGGUGCCUGCUUUUGAUUGCUGUCAUAUGUCGAAUAAACCUGGACUAAAUAUUAAGCAACACAAUGUGCGACCAAAAUGCAUUUGUCGUCCCCAUGCAUUAUCCUUUACACCGGUGUUCUACAGCAAAUGCAUAUAUUGUUGUUUACCUCCCAGGUGAUGUUAGAUUUUUAGAUAUUUUGCACACUAUUUAUUUGCCUUUUUAAUAAAUGCAAUAAAGGGUAAAUUUGUUAACUAA